AUGGAAGGAAUCUUAGGGACAGACAUAGGAAUGCUCGGCAAUGGGGGCAAGGUGGUUGGCAUGGUUGGCAUGGUUGGCAUGGUUGGAAGUGGCGGCAGAGCAGUGGUGGGCAGUGUUGGCAUUGUGGGCAGAGGCAGGGUCGUCGGGAUGGUAGGCAAUGUGGGCAUGGAUGGUAGGGGCAGCGAGGUCGGUAUUGGUAAAGUUGGUAUUGUGGGAAGAGACGAUGGCCAUGCUUUCAUGAAGUCAAGCAUCGCAGCUAUGUCUUUGUGGAAGGGGCUGGUGGCUGGAGGAGGAGUGAGGAAAGGAAUGGAAGGAAUCUUAGGGAGAGACGUAGGAAUGCUCGGCAUUGGGGGCAAGGUGGUUGGCACAGUCGGCAUGGUCGGCAUGCUUGGAAGUGGCGGCAGAGCAGUGGUGGGCAGUGUCGGCAAUGUGGGCUGA